AUGUCUAUUGAUUAUCGGCAAAUGAACAAGGUUAAAGUAAAGAACAAGUACCCAUUACCGCGCAUUGACGACUCAUUUGACCAGCUUCAUGGUGCUAGAGUGUUCUCGAAGAUUAAUUUGCAGUCAGGGUAUAAUCAGCUGAAGUUUCAGGAUCUGAAUAUCCUGAAGACUGCUUUUAGGGCUUUAUAUGAUCACUACGAGUUCCUCGCAGCAGAGAGGCAACUAGCCAUGGAUGUUCAAGAUUUGGCCAAUCAGCUUGACACGGUACAACACGACGAUGCCAAGGAGGUUUCUAUUGGAGAUGACGGGGUGUUGUGGAUGCAGGGUUGGUUAUGUGUGCCCGAUGUGGAUGGGUUGCAUGAGAUGGUCCUUGAGAAGACCAACAUUUCACGGGGUGACAACCUAUUCUUCAGAGCAACUGUCUUAGAUCUAUAUCUGCAAGGUUGUUCGUCUCUACAAGUGCCGAUGCCCAUAUCUCCAAUCAAGGCACGCAAUUCACAUUGCAUUCUGGAGAGCUGUGCUGCAUGA